AUGGCCGCCUCUCUUCCGUCGCCGCUGCCCGAGCCGCUCGCGCCGCACCACACGCCCACGACCGGCAGCACGUCGCCCAUGCCCGUCACGCCGCACUCGUCCGACGCGCCGUCCGCGUUCUUCUAUCGCUCGUCCAGCAGCAGCAGCAGCGACGCGUUCGCUCCCGCGCCAGCGGCGCUGUCCUCGUGCAGCGCCUCCCGCGCCACUGCAGCCGACACGCGCCGCUGGCUGCGCCGCAACGUCGUCCAGCGCGUGCUGUCCGCGCUCUUCUUCGUGCCGCUCAUCACUGUGUUCCUGUGGCUCUCGCCGGCCUUUGCCACCGCCACGUUCUGCACGUUCGUCACGAGCAUCUGCUCGUACGAGUACGCGUGGCUGCACUACCGCAUCUACGUGCGCAUCUCGACGAAAGUGGCCGUGAGCGAGUCGCGGCUCACGCACCGACACGAGGCCCCGACCGACGUGAGUACGGCUCGGCCCGAGCAAUUGGUCGACAGUCGGCGCUCGUCCAACAGCUGUCUGAGCCGCAACGUACAGAACGAAAGCAGUGGACAGAGCCGCAACGUGCGCGUCAUUAUGGGCGCAAGUAACAGCGACCUGGGGAGCGAGUACGGUGGUCGAAGCCACACGGGGGAGAGCACGACGGGCGAGACGGCGGAGCUGUCGCCGUUGGCGUUUCCACGGCAGCUUCGCGCGAGCUUUGGGUCUCAUUUGCUCGAGCUCAUGGCGGACGAGCAGCAACGGUCGAGCCACGGCGGCGUUGGGAUGGAUGCGAACGAGCACGUCCAUGCAGAGGACGCGGGCUUCUCCAGGAGUGCCGUCACGGGCAUCGCCGAUCGCUAUUUCUGCCAGAACGAGUGGAUCGCAGCAAUUGUGCUGUCGAUGCUCACGACCGUCUGCACGACGGCGAUGUUCCUGACCUACGUGGACUACGUCCCGGAGCUCCAUGAGAAACAGCUGUACAAGCUGCGCUGGUUCUAUAGCAUUGCCACGGACUUUGUUGCUGCACUGUGUGCCUUCUCGACACCGGACUGGACGUAUGCGUGUAUCUGUCUGCUGGAAAAAGUCAUCUUCACGCUACUGACGAUGCACUCGACGGCGUGUCCGAUCAACCGCCUGCGGUGCGGUAUUUCCUUGGAGCCAGCACAGGUGUUUCUCGCAGGCGUGGCUAUCAUUGUCCUCUUUCGUCGACACACGAGCUCAUCAGGACCGUCGACGUUCCUGCACAUUGCACUGGACGUGCUCGGCUAUCUGUACAUUAUCGGCAGUCUGUCUGUGCUUGUCGCCUUUGUGGACGACGAGCGACUGGAGUCGUACCGCAAGUUAUUGAUCGUGCUGCUGUAUGUCGUAUGGGCUUCCGAUACAGGGGCGUAUGUGACGGGUAAGUUUCUGGAGCGGAUACACUACCAGUACUACAACCCUCUGUCGUCGCACUUGUCCAAGAACAAAGACUAUGAAGGAACGAUCGGAGCCAUUCUGUUUGGUGUCACUGCGAUGUUCAUCGCGUCCGAUCUGCUCAGUGUACCGGGCUCUGCAGUGGCGCAAAUCGGGUUCACCGUGAUGGCUGUGAUCGUGGGGCGACUUGGAGAUCUUUUCGAGAGCCUCUUGAAACGUGCGGCAGGUGUGAAAGACUCUGGCAAGCUCAUCCCUGGCCACGGCGGUGUGCUGGACCGCAUUGACGCACUGAUGUUUGCUUCGCUUGUGUUUGCGCGAUACUACGCUUCGAUUGUAGUAUGA